AAUGAGGUCGCCCCUCAGCCUCCUUUUCUCCAAACUAGACAAAGCCUCAGCUGCUCCACAUAGGACAUGCCUUUCAGCCCUUUCACCAGCUUUGUUGCCCUCCUCUGGACACAUUCAAGGACCUUCACAUCCUUCUGAAGUGAUGGGGGCCCAGAGCGGCACAGAGUACUCCAGCUGCAGAAUCCGGCAUUUGUUCUUCUUCAGUUUCAUGCCACUGAUGAUUGCCCAAUGCUUCAGGCUGUCCAGAUCCCUCCACAAGGCGUUUCAUCCCUCAAGAGAGUCAACAGCACCUCCCAGCUUGGUAUCAUCUGCCGUGAACAGAAAAGGGUUGGUCUUCGGUCUGCCAGCGGCUGUGGACGCCAUCCAGAGAUGCCUCGGCACAGGCAUCUCCACCCUGCAAGAGAUCGUCACCUCGAGCAAGAAGGGGAUCUUUGCAAUCUUCGUGAUGAUCAUAGGUGCUCUCGUUGGUUCCUGCUGCGGGAUCCUGCAGCUCAUGUGGAUGCAGGGGGCAGAGGAUGUGGCACAGGUGCCGCUGGGGCAGGCAUCAGCCAACCUGUGGUCCCUAUGGGAACAAUCCCCAGCAAUGGAACUCCUGAGGAAGGAGAUCAGGCGCCUGGCUGCAGAGAUCGAUGCUAGCAAGGAGGAAGUUCGGCUAAUGAGAGAGGCAAUGUCUGCAAGCACGCAGAUGUCUGACUGGGCUCUGAAAGAGGCAGGGGCUGCCAUGGACCUGCAGAGAUCGUCCAGCAGCUCUGCAGGACUCUGCAGGGUGUUUUGGUUCCUGUGUGCUCCAGCCCCCCAGGACACCUUUGUGCAGCCGGAUGCUUUGCCGGGAUACUGCUGGCCUUUCCAAGGGUCUUGGAGCGAGGUGCUGAUCCGGUUGCCCACACAAAUAACACCAAUAGCCAUAACCAUACAGCACACCGCAAAGAUGGCCUCUGCGCUGGUGACUGUCAGCAGUGCCCCCCGAGAUUUCACUGUCUCUGGACUGGAUGAGGAAGGCGAGCAAGAAACUCUGCUGGGGACAUUCACCUACACUUUGCAGAAAGGGCCAAAUCAGACCUUCCCUCUGCAGAAUGGGAUUCCCAGAGGCUUUCGGUUUCUGAAACUUGGCAUACGGAGCAACUGGGGAAAACCAGGAUACACCUGCAUUUAUCGAGUGCAAGUGCAUGGGAAGAUCGUGGGAAGGAAGGCCGUCGGCCAGACACCUGUGUAGACCUUCUUCCCUCAAUAAAAAUUAAAGCAGAAAACUGAGAAACAGAGCAGAGGGAUGCGGCCGUUAGUCUGGUGCAGAGCAAUGUCGUUUCAGAGGUCCCCUCAAAGGUGCCAACUUCUGCCUUUCGCAGGCCGAGUCCUUCCUCAGGCUUUCCGCUUUCUCUCCACCAAGGAGAUGUUUCCUAACCGAGCAAAAGGAGAC